UCUUUGGCUGCAGAUAAUUUGCUAAUGUCCUCCAUAGAGAAAGUAAAAUAAGUUACUUACUCUAUGAUGUCGUCUUCCCUUCAAGCACUCCCCACAGAAUAUCCCCCGGGGGGGUAUUCUGCGACUUUGAAUUAGGUUAUGUUGUGGCAGCUAUCCGAAAUAUUUGAGUCGCUUUGUUGAUUAACAAGGUUUUUUGGCUGCAACGGGACGCUUUGCGAAGUCUCAACUAUAUGGUCAGCGCAGUCCCCAGGACUAUGAGCUCUUUGAUGAUGGACUACGAGUUCAAGAUGAAAACGCAAACGGAGCGCGUUAAAGUCGAAGAUCUGUUCGACUACGAGGGUUGUAAGGUGGGACGCGGUACUUAUGGACAUGUCUACAAGGGACGACGGAAGGACGGUUCGGAUAGUCGGGACUACGCCCUGAAGCAGAUAGAAGGCACGGGACUCUCGAUGAGCGCCUGCCGUGAGAUCGCACUGCUCAGAGAGUUAAAACAUCCAAAUGUGAUCAACCUGGUGCGAGUGUUCCUGUCGCACAACGAUCGCAAGGUGUGGCUGAUGUUCGAUUUUGCGGAACACGACCUUUGGCAUAUUAUCAAGUUCCACCGGGCGGCCAAAGCCAAUAAGAAGCCUGUGAUGGUGCCGAAAGGGAUGGUGAAAUCGCUCCUGUAUCAGAUACUGGACGGAAUUCACUAUCUGCACUCCAACUGGGUGCUGCACCGUGAUCUUAAGCCGGCGAACAUACUGGUAAUGGGCGAGGGGCCCGAACGGGGCCGCGUUAAAAUCGCCGACAUGGGCUUCGCGCGCCUGUUCAACGCCCCGUUGAAGCCGCUGGCCGACUUGGAUCCUGUGGUGGUCACCUUUUGGUACCGCGCCCCCGAGCUACUUCUUGGCGCCCGCCACUACACCAAAGCCAUUGAUAUUUGGGCCAUUGGCUGCAUUUUCGCAGAGCUUUUGACAUCCGAGCCGAUCUUUCAUUGCCGACAGGAGGACAUCAAAACCAGCAACCCGUACCAUCACGACCAGCUCGAUCGGAUCUUCAACGUAAUGGGCUUCCCGCACGAGAAAGACUGGGAGGACAUUAAGAAAAUGCCCGAGCACCCCACCCUGCUCAAGGACUUCAAGAAAUCCAACUACCUCAGUUGCUCGUUGGUCAAGUACAUGGAGCGGCACAAGAUCAAGCCAGAGAGCAAAGCCUUCCACUUACUGCAGAAGCUGCUACUGAUGGACCCCAACAAGCGCAUCACAUCCGAACAGGCCAUGCAAGACGGGUACUUCUCUGAGGACCCGCUCCCCACCCAAGAUGUCUUUGCAGGGUGCCCCAUUCCCUACCCGAAGCGCGAAUUUCUAACAGACGACGACCAGGAGGAAAAAUCCGAUAACAAGCAGCGCCAGAACCAACAACAACAACAGCAGCAGCAACAGCAACAACAGCAGCAAGCCCCGCAGCAACAGCAGCCACAAGGACAACAGCAACAGUCCAAUCAACAGGACCAGCAUCCGGCCAAGCGGGUGCGGCUCACGGGCCCGCAGGGCCAUCCGGGGCAGGUGAGCCGGGCGCAGCUCCACUCGACCUCGGGCCCCAAUUCCAUUCGUUUGUUGCAGCAAAUGCCCAUCUCGCAGCAACAGCAGCAAGACUUCCAUCAGCAACAGAUGAUGUUCAACAACAGCCAGCAACAACAACAGCAAAACUACCAGCAGCGAUUUUAAAAUGUACAUUUAAAAAAACCACAGAUUCAUAAUUCAGAUUAGAUUAUUUUAAUAGUUCUUAUUAUGGAUAUGCAUUAAACAAA